AUGCCGCGUGAGGUUCAGCUCAAACGCGCGGUAGUGAACGUACAGUCGCAGGACAAUGCGUGUUUUGCGUGGGCAGUGGUUGCCGCGUUGUAUCCUAGUGCUUCACAUUCUGAACAAAAAUCACAGUAUCCCGCGUAUGCGAGUGUGUUGAAUUUUGAUAGAAUAAAGUUUCCAAUGACAUUGCACCAAAUCGCGCGUUUCGAACGCAACAUCAAUGUGUCCGUAAACGUGUUUACGGCGGCGGAACAGGGACAUGGAUACGUGCCGCUGUAUCUUACAUCGAACAAGGACAAGCAUGUGAAUCUGUUGUAUGUUCCCGAUCAACGCGAUGGACACUUGGGACACUUUGCAUGCCUACACUACUUCCACACAAGCGAGAAUCUAGCGCAACACACCGUGGACUGUGAACGAUUGAACAACAGCGCAGUGGUUCUCCCCGCUGGAGGAAAGAACCGUUUGAAAUUCAAAAAUUACAACAACAAGGAACGGGUUCCAAUGGUGGUGUACGCCGACUUAGAGUGCGUACUUGAAAAACAGGACGAAAAGCAGGAUACAUCAAGCGCGCAUAAGUACCAAAAACAGUGUGUUCAGCAUCGGUUAUUACGCCAGCUGCGAGCACAUAGAUACAUCGGAUACAAAUCUCAUAGAGGCGAGAACUGUGUGCAGUGGUUCUUGAAUAAAUUCCACGAUCUCGCGAAACGUUCGAAGACUUUGUUCGCGGCAAAUGUACCAAUGGCGAAUCUCACACCGGCGGAGAUCAAGCGGUUUAAGAACGCUAAGUGUUGCCACGUUUGCAAACAGCCGUUUGAGCGAGAUCCCAGUAGAGUGCGCGACCACUGUCAUCUAACGAGGCGCUUUAGAGGACCCGCACACUUCGCGUGCAAUCUGAAUUACAAACAAAUCUACGUUGUUCCCGUUGUGUUCCACAACUUGUCCGGAUAUGACUCGCAUUUUAUUAUCAAGAAUGUGGUCACCGCUUUCGAGGGUGAGAUCAAUGUGCUACCCGUGACGAAAGAGACCUAUAUAUCGUUCACAAAACAUGUGAACAAUACGCGAGACGAAGACAAUCAGAGGUGCGUGCAACUGCGAUUCAUCGAUUCUUACAAAUUUCUGAGCACAAGCUUAGAAAAACUCGCGUCAUAUCUCGGAAAAAACGAACUGCGUGUGACUCGAAAGGAAUUCAGAGAUCUCUCCACCAAGGACUUUGAACUGCUUACGCGAAAAGGUGUGUUUCCAUACGAAUAUGUGGACAGCGUCGACAAAUUGUUGGAAACAAGUUUGCCACCGCGCGAGGCGUUUAACAGUUUGCCGACUGACAAGACUGUGACGGGGAGCAAGUACGCGCACGCGACGAAUGUAUGGCAACGAUUCAACAUCGAAAAUCUGGGAUCGUACAGCGACUUGUAUCUGAAGACGGACGUACUUUUGCUGGCCGAUGUAUUGGAAAACUUUCGUCGCGAGUGCCUUGAGAGUUACGGACUGGAUCCCGCGCACUACUACACAUUGCCGGGGUAUACAUGGGACGCCAUGUUGAAGUACACUCGUGUGACAUUCAAGCUGCUGACCGACAUCGACAUAGUGAUGUUCGUGGAACGCGGCAUACGCGGCGGUCUGAGUCAAUGUUCGAACAGAUACGCCCGCGCAAACAAUAGAUACGCGUGUUCGCAAGAUCCAUCCGAACCGUCGUCGUAUCUGAUGUACUACGACGUCAACAAUCUUUACGGAUAG